AUGAGCUACUUCCUGUCCUACUGCAAAGCACACUGCACCGCUGUGCUCUCCCAGUACCAGAGCCUGAGAUCAGAAGGCUUUCUGUGUGAUAUUUUGCUGAAAGUGAAAGAAAAUGAGUUUCCUGCACACAAGUCCUUGUUGGCAUGUUCCAGCGACUAUUUCCGAGCCAUGUUCAAAAGUUACACCCAAGAGUCUAAAGCCAAUGUCAUUCACCUACAAGUUGUCUCACCCACUGGUCUCCAGCACAUCCUGGAUUUCAUUUACACAUCUUUACUGCCCCUUUCCUUUGAAAGCCUGGAGGACACCUUGGAAGCUGCAAGCUACUUGCAAGUGAGUGAUGCUAUUGGCUUGUGCAAUCAGUACUUAAUUAACAAUCUUGCCUUGGAAACCUGCUGCUUCUCUGCCAAUGUGGCCAGGAAGUUCUACCUGCCAGAUGCCUUAGCAGCAACAGAAAAAUACAUUGUCAAUAAUGUCUGGAAGCUGCUGGACUUGGAUUUGUCAGGACUUCUUGAGCUGAACUUCAGGUCUUUGCUAGCAGUGAUUCAAUCACCAGAUCUCCCCAUGGUGAAAGAAAGUCGUCUGUUGAAUCUUGUGCUACUGUGGCUGAAGCAGGAUAAAUCCAGGCUGGAUCAUGCAAGCAGCCUUUUAGAGCACAUAAGAUAUGGUCUCAUCCCAGUGGAAGAGCUGAGAAAAACCUACACACAGUCAGAAGUGUCCCUCUCAGCAGGUAUUAAGUGCAUGAUCAUUAAAGCAAUAAACUAUCAUACAUCUGUAUUCAAACAGCCUGUCCUGCAGGAUAAGUCCACCACGUUGAGGAACCAGAAAACUCGAGUCAUUCUGCUGGGGGGAGGGACAGCAAGUGAGGGGCUUGUCACAGAUGUGGUGGCCUUCGAUGUUUACAAUCACAAAUGGCGAACUCUGACGCAGGUGCAGGACAGGGUGCAGAACCACAGUGUGUGCGUGGUGGGGAACUUCCUCUACGUCUUGGGUGGGGAAGUAGAAAGUGGUACCCUGGGUGAUGCUAAAACCGAAAAGAUCUUAUCAGUUACGAACAAGGUCUAUCGUUAUGAUCCAAGAUUUAACACAUGGACCCAAAUCACGGGCAUGUUGGAAAAGAGAUGCCAGUUUGCUUGCUGUGUCCUAGGCAAGGAUAUCUUUGCCAUUGGUGGAAGGGGUGAGGACGGGUUGCUGCAUUCAUCUGUGGAAACGUACAACAUCAGCAGGGACAGAUGGACGAAGGCCAGGGAAUUGCCAUGCAAGAUACACGGCCAUGCCAGUGCUGUUUGCAAGAACACUAUAUACAUCUCUGGUGGCAAGUACUCGGCCCCAGCCAGCACAAGCAAUGAUGUAUAUUCUCUGAACUCACUUGAAGGGCAGUGGAUGAAAAAAGCCCCCAUGAGCAUUGCUCGGUUUGGGCAUCAGAUGGCAACAAUCAGGGACUCCAUAUUCACCUUUUUAGGAUUAUAUGAACCAUUCUCUGAAAUAGAAAGGUAUGACCCUGAUCAAAACCAAUGGACCCGGUUAAGACCACUGGUCUAUGAUCGAUUUUCCUAUGGCCUGGCAGUGGUAGAGGAAACUGCUCUUCUUAUUGGUGGAAAGAAAUGGCAAAACUCACUGGAAGUCUCCACACAAGACGUGGUUGGUUACGACAUCGACAACGAUGGCUGGGAAGAGAUCUGCAAAGCCCCUUUGCCUUGGUGUGGGCUGCAGUGUGCCGUGCUCCAGCUCUCUGAGAUGGCCGACGAGCAGGACAGUGACAGCCAGCAGAAGAAACUGCCCAACUGCUGA